AUGGAAUUUUGGGGUGUUGAAGUGAAGGCUGGAGAGCCAGUAAAAUAUGUGCCUGUUGAUGGCAAAGUUGUGCACCUGUCACAGGCUUGUUUGGGCGAGACAAAGAAGGGAGCUGAUCAGGGUGUCAUCUCUGUGAAGAUCGAUGACAAGAAGUUUGUUUUGGGAACUCUUUCAUCUGAUAAAUUCCCUCAAUUGUUCCUUGACUUGGUUUUUGAGAAAGAGUUUGAGCUCUCGCACAACUUGAAAAGUGGAAGUGUCCACUUUUGUGAAUUUGAUUCCUCAGAUGAGGAUGUCCCGAUGGAAAUCACACAGAAUGGAAUGCCAGCUCCUUCCAAGACUAACACUGUGAAACCUGAAGCUUCUGAAAAGCAAAAAGUUAAGAUAGAGGAGCCAACUAAUGAUGAUGAUGAUGAUUCUGAUGAUUCAAGUUCUGAGGAUGGUUUGGGUGGUUUUGAAGAUUCAUCAGAUGAGGAUGAUGAUAGUGAUGAGGAUGAUGAUGCUACUGAUGAGGAUGACGAGGAGACACCUACUCCUAAGAAGGCUUCCAAGAAGAGACCCAAUGAAUCUGCUUCUAAAACUCCCGUCCCUGCUAAAAAAGCCAAGCAAGUAACUCCUCAGAAGACUGAUGGAAAGAAGGCUGCGCACACUGCCACCCCACACCCUGCAAAGAAGGGUGGAAAGACUCCUGCUACAGGUGACAAGCCCAAGCCACAAACACCAAAGUCUGGUGGCGAGCACUCGUGCAAACCUUGCAGCAAGUCGUUUAAUUCUGAUGGUGCCCUUCAGUCACACAACAAGGCCAAGCACAGUGCCAAGUAG